AAUGUAGCGCAAUCGAAAGAGAACAAAACACCAGAACAACCUCCCACUCCUGUAAAAAAUCAGCAUCAGCCGUUCGCGAUCCGCGAGAGAGGCUAUUUAUUUACUCUUGUGCAAAAAUUUUCCCUUCCGUAAUCCAAAGAGGUGACAAAACAAAAACGAAAGCACAGGCCUUCCGUGUGUGAUUCGCGCGUGUUUCUGUGUGACUGUUUUCCUUGCGGGCAUCUGCUGGGUUUUUUGUUUCGGCAGGACAAACAGUGUAACUCGUUUGCCAGUGUAGCAGCACCCGUGUAACAUCCGUGCAGGGAAUCCGUGCGACGGCCAGCAACAUGUCCGAUCAGGUUAUCGAUCUGGUGAACGAUUCGGAAACGGAAGAUGUGAUUAUGAUCGAGGAUCAGCCGGAAACCAGCGAGCCCAAGGUGGAACGGGAGUCGGCGAUGGAAACCAAUGGGCCGGAGGAGGCGGCGGACGAUCACGACGCCGACGAGGUGGAAUUUGUGCCGGUCAACAUGCAAAUGUUGGCGGAGGAAAAGAAAAAUAGCGGCAACGAUGAGUACAAAUCGAAACGCUACGAAGCUGCCCUCCGGCUCUACUCGGAAGCGAUCCACCUGAGCCCCAAAACAGCCGCGUACUAUGGCAACCGAUCCGCCUGCUACAUGAUGCUCGGUGACUAUCGGGCCGCGCUGAACGAUGCGAUUGAGGCCAUUAGAAUGGACAAAGAGUACGAGAAGGGCUACAUCCGGAAGGCCAAAUGUUGCCUGUUGCUCGGUGACGUGUACGGAACGGAGCAAGCGAUCCAGAUGUAUCGCACGCUGGAUUCAUCAAACACGGCACUGCAGGAGGAAAUAGGCCUGAAGCAGUUGCGUGAUUUGAACGAGAAGGCGACCAGCUGCUACGAUAAGAAGGACUAUCGCACCUGUCUGUAUCAUUGCGACAAUGCGCUCAAGAUUGCUCCCGGUAGCUUACAGCUUAAGCUGCUAAAGGCGGAAUGUUUAGCCAUGUUGGAACGUUUCGAGGAGGCAAACAACAUCGCGAUCACGAUCAUGCAGUCGCACAGCACCAACGCCGACGCGAUCUACAUCCGUGGGCUAAAGCUCUACUACAGCGACAACCUGGAGAAGGGCUUGCUGCACUUCGAGCGUGCGCUUAAGCUCGAUCCGGAACACAAAAAGGCAAAGGCAAUGCGGCACAGGGCGAAACAGCUUAAGGAAAAGAAGGAAUCGGGUAACGAGCUGUUCAAGACGGGCAAGUACCGGGACGCGUUGGCCACGUACACGGAAGCGCUCGUGCUGGAUCCCCAGAACAAGGACAUUAACAGCAAGCUCUUCUAUAACCGUGCGCUGGUCAACUCGAAGCUCGGCAAUCUGCGUGAAGCCAUAGCCGACUGUACCAGCGCACUGGCGCUGAACGAGAAGUACAUGAAAGCACUGCUCCAGCGUGCCAAACUGCACUACAACAUGGAAAACUUCGAGGAGGCGGUUAAGGAUUACGAGAACGCGCUCAAGCACGACCGUUCGUCGGAUGUGAAAAAUUUGCUCCGAGACGCCAAGUUCCAGCUGAAGAAAUCGAAGCGCAAGGACUACUACAAGAUACUCGGCGUGACAAAGCAGGCGACGGAAGAUGAAAUUAAGAAGGCGUACCGCAAGCGGGCCCUCGUGCACCAUCCCGACCGGCACGCCAACUCGACCGACGAGGAAAAGAAGGAGCAGGAGCGCAAGUUUAAGGAGCUCGGUGAAGCGUACACGGUGCUGUCCGAUCCGAUGAAGAAAUCGCGCUACGAUAGUGGACAAGAUCUGGAUGAGAUGAACCAUAGCUCGGCGGAAAUUGAUCCGCAGCAAAUCUAUAGGCAGUUCUUCUUCCCGUCCGACGGCUUCAACGGAUGCAGCGGUUUCCCGGGCAGUGGCGGUUGCAAUAGCUCAAACUUUACGUUCCAUUUCGGUUAAGGCUAUAGACGUGUGGUACAAGCUGCUGGAAAUAUUAAAUGUGGCGCAUUAAAUGUAGUAACCCUGGCAUGAGUCCUCACCUUCCCGGUCCGUGACGGAUGGCAACCGACCGACAAGGAAGUUUACACAACUGUUUACACGGUACUGCUUACCUGUCGUGUUGUUGUCGCUACAGUACACACGGACACAAACACACACACUCAUACCCACACAUACUUCCAGGUUCAUUGAAUAUUUAGUAAAUGUAUCGGUAAUGAGCAUAUACAACAAAAACAACAAAAAAGGAACUUAAGCAAAAAGCAAUGAACUCGAGAAUCGGCAAAGCAUAAUAUCAUGUUUUUCGACACUUUAUAUAUCAGUUUUGUUACACGGUAAUUUUUUGAUGCAGUGGUAACGUUUCGCUUAGCUUUUAAAAGAUUGUACAUUAGAUCUGUUUUAUUUGCGCGUACCUUCUUCCACUUACAACACUCUUAACUGGAGAGCCAACUAGGUCAUUUCUGUGUAAAUGAUUGGUGUACAGCAAAUGAGACCAAUUGUCGGAAAUUCUGAUCUUUCUCUGUGCUUGACAAACUGAACAGAAAAAAACAAAUGAGCGAUCGUGUAGUGUACAAAAGAAAAAGUCUAUUCCUAAAGGAUACCAUCACAGAUCUGCAAAAUGAUUCAUUAAGCAUUUUUUUUUGUAAUCCUGAAAUGCCUGUUUUUAUACACUUCUUUUUGUGAUUAUGUGACGUUGCUCACUCCUCUGCACCUCUCAGCGACGAGCAAGAACAGUCAGUCAGCAUAAGAUAGCAAAACGAAACAAAAAAUGAACCUAUGUGUAAUCCGAUUGCGAAGCCACCAACACAACACAACACACUUACGCAUACAACAAUUUACAGGAGAAAUUAAUCGUUUAAAUUGGUAUGGGGCAACUGGGUGAUGUUUGAAGAAUAAAAACAAAAUGCACCUAUUUGCAA